AUGAUUAUUCAGCCAUUCAUACCCAAUCCCAACAAGGCAUUGUUUACAAUAUUAUUGAAGGCUGGGUACACUUUGGAAAAAAGAAUUCAUUUUAAGAAUAAUAGAUAUGAGGGAUAUAAACAUCAAAAUACACAAGGAACAAUGACAGUUGAUAGUGUAGGUCUAAUGGAAUUUGUUUUCAAAAAAUCUGGUAUAAUUUUAGAAAAUUACAAAAAUGUUGCAUCAAAAUUUAGAAGAUUUUUUAUAAUAGAUCUUCUAGGAGAUGACGAAGAUAGAAUUAAUGAAUAUAAAAUCAUGAUUCAGUCAUCAUAUAACUUAUUGUAUUUUGAUAUAGAGGGCAUUAGACGUUAUUAUAUUGGAGAUGAUGAUUAUCAACCACAAUUCAACUCUGAUAUAGUGAAUAUGAAUCAUCUCUCAAUAGUUUUAAGAGUUUAUCCACUUCAGACAAUAGUAGACAAUUAUAAGAAAACUGCUCUCUGA